UGGUGACACUUUAACCAAAAGAGCCGCUUUUCGCCUUAUAUAACGGGGCCGGCGGGAGGGGGGACCCCGGGGACGGGGACGUCACCCCCAGGAGGCCAGUGGUGUCCCUGUGUCUGACGGCGUCCCCCGCAGGUGACGGUGUCCCCGCGCCCCAGGAUGCCGUUCGGGGCGGUGUUGGCGCAGGUCGGGGGGCUGGGACGCUUCCAGGUGCUACAGACGGCGCUGCUGGUGGUGCCCAUCCUGCUCAUGGCCAGCCACAACCUGCUGCAGAACUUCACCGCCGCCGUCCCCCCGCACCGCUGCCGCGUCCCCGACGUCACCCCCGGUCCUGGUGCCACCCCGAACGUCCCCAGCGCCACCCCAGGGCCACCCGCAACCACCCUUGAUGGCACCUCAACAGCUUCUGAUGGCACCUUAAGGUCCUCCAACGCCAUCCUGAGGUCUCCUGAUGGCACCUUGAGGUCCUCCAAUGGCACCCUGAGGUCCUCCAAUGGCACCCUGAGGUCUUCUGGUGGGACCUUGAGGUCGCCUGGUGCCACCCUGAGGUCCCCUGAUGGCACCUUGGGGUCUCCUGGUGCCACCCUGAGGUCUCCUGAUGGCACCUUGAGGUCCUCCUAUGGCACCCUGAGGUCUCCUGAUGGCAACCUGGGGUCCCCCGAAGGCACCAGCAUCCCUGGUGCCACCCACGUCACACUUGAUGGCACGCCGGCACCCCCUGACAGCACCCAUGUCCAGCCUGAUGCCACCUUGGGGUCCUUCAAUGGCACCUUGGGACCUGCUGGUGCCACCCUGGGGUGGUCCAAUGCCACCCUGGGGUCCCCCGAUGCCACCCUGGGGUCCUGCCGACGCUACGUGGCCUCGUCCCCCGCCAACGGUAGCACCGGUCCCCGGCCCACCGAGCCCUGCCACGAUGGCUGGGACUACGACCGCAGCAUCUACGUGGCCACCAUCGUCACCGAGUGGGACCUCGUCUGCAGCUACCGGCAGCUCCGGCAGAUGGCCCAGUCCAUCUACAUGGCCGGGGUCCUGGUGGGCGCCCUGAUCCUGGGGGGCCUCUCGGACAGGUUUGGGCGCAAGGCCAUGUUGAUAUGGUCCUACCUGCAGCUGGGGGUGAUGGGGACGUGCACGGCCUUCGCCCCCAACUACGCAUCCUACUGCGUCUUCCGCUUCGCCGGUGGCAUGGCCCUCUCCGGCUUCGGCCUCAGCAUCGCCUGCCUGGUGGUGGAGUGGAUCCCCACGCCCUACCGCGCCAUCACCGUGGCCAUCACCGGCUUCGCCUACACCCUGGGCCAGAUCCUGCUGGCCGGCAUGGCCUACACUGUCCCCCACUGGCGCUGGCUCCAGCUCACCGUCUCGCUGCCCUUCUUCAUCUUCUUCCUCUGCUCUUGGUGGUUGGCUGAGUCUGCCCGUUGGCUGGUGCUCUCGGGGAAGGCCGAGAGGGCUGUGAAGGUCCUGCAGCGAGUGGCCAAGAUUAACAAGAGAAAGGAGGAAGGGGAGAAGAUCACAGUGGAGAUCCUGAAGUCCAACAUGAAGGAGGAGUUGGCUGGUCUGAAGUCCUCCUACACCAUCUCCGACCUGGUCCGGACCCCUGUCAUCCGUCACAUCUUCUUCUGCCUCUCCAUCGUCUGGUUCUCCAUCAGUUUCUCCUACUACGGGCUGGCCAUGGAUCUGCAAAACUUCGGGGUCAGCAUUUACCUCAUCCAGGUGAUUUUCGGCGCCGUUGACUUCCCAGCCAAAGUGGUGGUGACCGUCUCCCUGAGCUACAUUGGCCGGCGGGUGUCACUGAUGGUGGCCCUCUUCUUGGCGGGGCUGGUCAUCAUUGCCAACAUCUUUGUCUCCACAGAGCUGCAGACGGUGCGCACGGCGCUGGCCGUCAUCGGCAAGGGUUGCCUCUCCGCCUCCUUCAACUGCGUCUUCCUCUACACCACCGAGCUCUACCCCACUCCCAUCAGGCAGACCGGGCUGGGCUUUGGCAGCACCAUGGCCCGCGUGGGCGGCAUCGUGGCGCCGCUGGUGAAGAUGAUGGAUGAGUACUACCCCUUCUUGCCCCCUGCGGUCUAUGGGGUGGCCCCCGUGGUGGCGGCCGUGGCGGCCGGAUUCCUCCCAGAGACCCUCAACUUGCCGCUGCCCGACACCAUCGAGGAGGUGGAGAGCAGGGCCAAACGGAAGAAGACGGAGGACCCCAAAGAGAAGAUCCCCCUCCAGCCCCAGGACAAGGCCCCACAGAAGGAGGCCUGAAGGCUGAUGGGGUGGGGGGGGACAGCACCCCACAUCUGGCCACCAGCAAAACCCCCCCUCACCUGUGGGCCCCCUGCAGCCUUGUUUUGGGGACGGGUAUGACUUCGCUGCCUGCCCCACAGCUGGUGACCUCCCUGUAUGGGGCAGGGGAAGUCCUCGGAGGAAUAAAGCAGCUCUGCUGGGGA